AUGCCAUCUUAUUGUUGCGUUCCCUACUGCAAGCAGAAGGGCUACGUACACGAAAACGGGAGCAAGGUGUCGUUUCAUAACUUCCCGAAAUCGGCUGCUGCUUACAAGAAAUGGAUAAUCGCAAUAAAACGCGAUGAGGGGAAACUGUUUCGUGUCACACGUUCGACACAAGUGUGCUCGAGACACUUCCUGGAGUCUGACUACGUCCAGAACGUCGCUAGCGGGCACAGACAUCUCCACAGUUGGGCAGUACCAUCUGUCUUUGACUUCUGCAAACCUAAGACGCUGAGGAAACCUCCACGUCAGCGGGAAGUAGCAGCUGUACUGCCUCUCACCACAAAAGACCCUCAAGAGCCUGUGCAACCGCUACAUGAUAUCACCGCGUCCGAAGAAAACCUUCCACCUGAGUGCACGCAGGAGAUGGAACAACUGUGUGAGUGUGGUUUAUCCGAUACUGUGUCUGAACUGAAAGAUGCACUGGACAAAACUGUGAAAGACAAUGACGCAUUAAGGAAAUGUUUGAAGGAAAAAACUGAAGAAGUGUACCGGCUCAAGGCGCAACUUGAAACAGCUGAAGCAAAAUGCAAAACCAUGGAGGAUCAGCAGGCUCCAUUUAGCAUUAACAAGUUUAAAGACUCUGAUGAAGAUGUGCGGUUCUACACGGGUCUCCCUUCGUAUGCACAUUUCAGAUCACUUCACGAAUAUGUUGGUCCUGGAGAAAGUGGGAAAAACAUAGUGCUGUGGCAAAGUACUGCUUCUAGUGGUGACAAUGUUGGGCGACCACGCAAGUUGAAUACAGAAGACCAGCUGUUCCUUGUUCUCAUCAAACUGAAAGUUGGGCUAUUCCACAAGCAUCUGGCUCACUUGUUCAACGUGUCAUUGGGUACUGUGUCCAGGAUCUUCUUAUCCUGGAUUAACUAUCUCUACAUUCAGCUACCGUUGUGGCAACCACGCAGUUUUGUCGAUGAGACAAUGCCUCUUGCAUUUAAAGAAAAGUACCCGACGACCAGAGUAAUCAUUGAUGCUACCGAACUGCAAUGUGAGGCGUCAAGCUCGUUUGUAACACAGUCUGGGACAUACUCCACGUAUAAGUCAGCGAACACAUUUAAAGGUUUGGUUGGUGUUGCACCAAAUGGCCUGCUAACAUUUGUGUCUGAGCUGUUUAUGGGAUCCCUAUCCGACAGAAAAUGUGUUAUUCGACGUGGGUUUUUAGAAAUGCCUUUUGACGCACACGACUCAGUAAUGGCUGACAAGGGAUUCAGAAUUGCUGAUUUACUGCAUGCUAAAAAUGUGUCAUUGAACAUCCCACCAUUUCUGACGAGAGGACAGUUCUCCCAAGAGGAAAACCACGAGACACAAGAUAUUGCGGCACUCCGAAUUCACGUCGAGAGGCGGAUUCAAAGAAUCAAGACGUACCAUAUCUUUGAUCGUUCUAUCCCCAUUUCUUUGGUACCAGUCUCUAAUCAGAUCUGGACAGUUUGUGCGAUUUUGAGCAACAUGCAGCCUGCCAUUAUUAAAGCUGCAGAUUAG